CGCGCGAGCACGUCACGCGCGUCGGAGACGAACCGUCGGGAGCCUUCCGUUCGACCGGCCUCACGCCGGCAACCAGUCGCUCGUAAAGGACCAAGCGCGGCGCGCGUCCCGGGAGGAGGUGCCUUCCGUUUCGGGAUUUUUUAGGUAUUCGUGUUCUCACGACAGUUUGUAACGGGAGAGGAUGAGUACGAACUCCACGGCGGCGAUUGCGGGGCCCCAGGGGUCCGGAAAGGGCGGGUCUGGAGUUGGAGGGGUAUCCGACAGCGCCUCGGUUGCCAGGAGGCUGCAAAGCGAGCUGAUGUCUCUGAUGACGAGCGCAGACGCCGGCAUCUCCGCCUUCCCCGACGGGGACAACAUCUUCAGCUGGAUCGGGACGAUUGAGGGCGCCGCGGGCACGGUGUACGAGGGUCUCACGUACAAGCUGUCGCUCGCGUUCCCCAACGAUUAUCCGUUCAAGUCCCCCACGGUCAAGUUCGAGACGCCGUGCUUCCACCCCAACGUCGACCAGUUUGGCAACAUCUGCCUCGACAUCUUAAAGGAGAAGUGGAGCGCCGUGUACAACGUUCGGACCAUCCUGCUCUCGAUUCAGUCGCUGCUGGGUGAGCCCAACAACCAGAGCCCGCUCAACGCGCAGGCGGCGCAGCUAUGGGAGAACCAGGAGGACUAUAAGAAGACCCUGCACAAGAAGUACCGGGAGGACACCAAGUGAUUUUGCGCGAGCGCGCGCUCAGCGCGCGACACUCCUUUCAACGAAGUAGCCCCUUAGCAGCUGAAACAAGCGACCUGUGUUCAUAAAGCACGAGAGCAUCGAAAAUC